UGGACCGAUGAUGUUGCUGUUUCUGCCACUGCUGGGACUGCUUGGCCUGGCCUCCAACCAGAGCUACAGCGAGAGUCAGAAAAGUUUCACCGAAUGCGCCAGCAAGCUACACAAGACGGAUGCAAAUUACGCGGAAAUUAUUGAGUGCCUGGCGCACUCCACCAAUCUGACGGCUCUCUGGGAGGAAACGCUGUGGCGCAUGGAGCUGCUUGAACGUCUGCUGGAUAAGCUGCAUGCUGAACAGCCCCCCGAUAAAUACCAUCAUACGCCCUACGAGAACAUCGACGAUGUGAUGGCCAUCAAGGGCAACAUGUCUGAGCUGGACUGCCAGCGGAAACGUCACGUGAUGCAGGCGGUGCGCCGCAAGCUGUUCUGGCAUAGCCAGAUGAGUGGCACGCCAAGCACUCUCUUUGCCUGGCCCUGGCCAACCAAACAUUUGAGACCAGCGAGGGACCCGAUGGAUCCGCCAGAGAAUGACAUUAGUCCGGAGUCACUGGAUCCCGUGCGCUGUGCGCUCUUGGAUGCCAUUCAAAAGCCUCGACCACACGCAUAGUUGCAGACACACCACACACCGCCACGAGUGUGUGUG